GUUUAGUCAUUCUACGAGUUGGACAUUGACCAUUUGUCAACUAUUAUAUGUCAGCCUGCAACUCGCAGUCUGUGCAUCUAAACAACUGAUUUUGCAGGUACAUCCCAUGCGGAACUUCAUUUCGAGAUUGAGAAACGAUAGACGUGGUACCAAGACCGAAUCGGCAGGGUCUGGUCUUCAACCUGAAGAGGCACCACAAGAAAGCCCACUACAACGCCUCUACCGGUAUCGCAAGCAACGUGGAGUGAAUCUCGGCUCGUGGUUCGUUUUGGAGCGGUGGGUAUCGGAAUCACCGUUUCAAUGGGCCGCCGGCAACGGACACAGUGAUCUGGACGUUGCCAAAGGUCUACACGCGAAGCAGGUUCUGGAACACCAUUGGGAUUCCUGGAUCACCGCCAGCGAUUUCGAAUGGCUCGCGGCAAGGGGAAUCAACACUGUGCGGAUCCCAAUCGGAUACUAUCAUAUCUGUGCAUUGGAUCCAUCUAUCCUUACUCGAACUGACUUUGAUGGCCUUCAACAUGUUUUCGAAGGAGCGUGGAGUAGAAUCGUCACUGCAGUGAGGACGGCGCAGAACUUUGGAAUUGGGGUGAUAUUUGACCUUCACGCAGCUCCUGGCAAACAAAAUCAAGAUCCGCAUUCCGGAACGUCAUCCCCGGUAAUUUCAUUUUUCAACAGCAAGUUUAACAUGCAGUUGGCCGUUCGCACUCUCCGCAUACUAGUCACACAACUCGUUGCUUUGCGGACACAGGAACCCGCGGUUAACAAUAUUGCCGGUGUAGAGCUUCUCAACGAACCCCACCCGCCCUCACACGAAAUACUUUACAAGUGGUACAGGGAGGCAAUGCAAGAGAUAAGAAAUAUUGACCAUGGCUUCCCGAUCUACAUAUCAGACUGUUGGAUGACUGAUCAAUACGCCGAUUUCAUCGCACACUUACCGCCUUCUUUGGCGCUGACUUGCGUCGACCAUCAUUUAUACCGGUGUUUUACGGGGAGCGACAUUUCAACCUCAGCAGCGCAGCACACUGCAUCCCUUACUGAUCGGAAUGCCCCCUUUCCACAAAUGUUCUCCCGCGUUUCGGAGAAGCUCGCAGCUGCAGGAAGUGGACUCAUAGUUGGCGAGUGGUCUGGAGCCUUGAAUCCAGGCUCUUUGCAAGGCACUGCGGAUGAACAUCGGGAAAGAGCGUCUUAUAUUCGGGCUCAGCUUGACCUGUUCGAGCUGUACUGCGCUGGAUCAUUCUUUUGGACAUACAAAAAAGAGCAGCCUGGAGACCAAGGAUGGUCUUUCCGAGACGUGGUUGAAAGCGGCAUCUUCCCCGACGUUGUGGGCAUGAUGCCAGUAAAAGAUUUUGUUGGACUCAGUGCCGACAUAAGCGCGAGAAAUGCGACCGCUAAAAAUAUUGCCUUAGGCCAACACGUAUCCUACUGGGCGCGAUUCCCUGGUCAUUACGAGCAUUGGCGUUUUGAUGCCGGCUUCGAUCAGGGUUGGGUCGAGGCUUAUGACUUCUUUGCCUUCGAUCGCGCGGGCCAGGUCACCGUCUCCGAGAUGGGAUUCAAGGGCUGCAUUGCGAAGAGGAAGAUGCAGGAUCAUAUUCGUGAAAAAGGAUGUAGCAGCAACCUUUGGGAGUUCGGUGAGUGUACUGUUCAAAUGAUUUCCCAUUCUGGGUUUGUGCCGCUUUUCGGCCGGCAGUACGCCAUACCCGCUAUCUCGAUAAGUCCAUCUGCAGUAUCGCAGAUUUAGGUGGUCGUGUUCUUAAUAUAUUUCAGAGCAUGGAUUUAGCCAAGGGGUAGAUGCUGCGAAGCACGAUUUUCAACAUCACUACUGUUGAUUUUCACGUGUUAAGGUGUAAGAUCUUCGCAGUAUGUUCUGAAGAGACAAUCUAUAUCUCUG